AGAAGCAAAUACAAACCUUGCAAUGGUAAUAAGGGCAAAGUUGAGCUACUAAUGCAGCUUCCCUCUUAAACCUCAUUGCAACUGCGUUUCAACUUUUUUCUUCUCGCGUCUUCCUCCGUUUCCACGACCGUCCAAGGAGAUUGAAAAAAAUUCUGAACAUCGAUCAGGUUACUCUGAAAAGAUCAAUAAGCCUCGAAGUAAUCCUGGACUUCCAACGCUGAUAUUUUCUUCAUUGAUAUCUUCCACAACGGGGUGAGACGGUGGGUGCGAGUUUCAGGUCCGUUGAUAGGUGACCAGCGUGCCUCAAGGAAUUCACGGGUUUGGAGCAAAGGAAGACAUAAUGAAGACAGUCAGACCACAGAUACACAUUGAAAGUACCAGGUGGAGGCAAUAGCAAUCUGAAGACAACCAGGACUUGCAAGUUUGGUUUCUUUGAAGAAGUAAUUGUCUUUUGGAAUUGCAGAUUGCGAUGGGUCAGCACAAUGAAUGGUUUGGCUCUAAAAAUAUAGAAGCUCCUGUUAAGACGGCAGUUGACAAAUUUCAGCUACUUCCAGAAUUUCUUAAGGUUAGGGGACUUGUGAAACAGCACAUCGAUUCUUUUAACUACUUCAUCAACUGUGAGAUUAAGAAGAUUAUUCAUGCAAAAGCCAAUGAAAAAAUAACCAGUGAUGUUAAUCCUAAUUUUUAUCUCAAGUAUAUAGACAUAUAUGUGGGUAUGCCUUGUGUGGAGCAAGACUACAUUUUCGAGGACAUUGCACCCCACAAAUGUCGCUUGAGGGAUAUUACAUAUGCUGCGCCAAUCAAUGUUGACAUAGAAUACACUAGAGGACAAGAGAUUGUUCAGAGAAAGGGGAAGCAAGGGCAGGGAGCUCUUACAAUUGGAAGAAUGCCUAUAAUGCUUAGAAGUAGCCGUUGUGUGCUUACAGGCAAAAAUGAGGCUGAACUUGCAAAACUAGGUGAAUGUCCUCUUGAUCCAGGAGGUUAUUUUAUUAUUAGGGGAACAGAGAAGGUCAUUUUAAUUCAGGAGCAACUCUCAAAGAACCGAAUAAUAAUUGAUACCGAUAGUAGUGGCAGUGUUACAGCAUCUGUAACCAGCAGCACGCAUGAAAGGAAAAGUAAGACAAACAUUGUUGUAAAGCAUGAGAGAAUAUAUUUAAAGCUUAACACCUUCUCUGAAGAUGUUCCCAUUGUGGUUGUUUUAAAAGCAAUGGGCAUGGAAAGUGAUCAAGAAAUUGUACAGAUGGUUGGAAGGGAUCCUAGAUUUGCAGGCAUACUUGCCCCAUCAUUGCAGGAGUGUGCUUCUCUUGGGAUUUUUACACGGGAGCAAGCAUUGGAGUAUCUUGGAACAAAGGUGAAAUUAAUGAGACCAUCUUGGGCAAAGUCGGAACGAUCAAAGGUUGACGAAGCUCGGGAUAUUCUUCUUAAUGUUUUUAUUGCCAAUGUGCCGGUGUAUCAAUAUGAUUUUCGACCAAAAUGCAUCUAUGUGGCGGUCAUGUUAAGACGAAUGUUGGAAGCCAUGAUUAAUUCAGAUGCGAUUGAUGAUAAGGAUUAUGUGGGUAAUAAACGAUUAGAGCUUGCAGGUCAGCUAUUGUCUUUGCUUUUUGAGGAUUUGUUUAAACGAAUGAACUCGGAGAUCAAAAGACAGGUCGAUGCUACCUUUGCAAAGCAGAAUGUCUCUACCAAAUUUGAUGUUGCAAAGGUCAUGCGGGGGGACAUUCUUACUAUGGGAUUAGAGCAUGCAAUUUCCAGUGGAAACUGGACUGUAAAGCGGUUUCGAAUGGAAAGAAAGGGUGUUACACAGGUUGUUUCAAGGCUAUCGUUCAUAGCAGCAUUGGGGCAUAUGACACGAAUUUCAUCCCAGUUUGAAAAGACAAGAAAAGUUAGCGGCCCAAGGGCUUUACAGCCAAGCCAGUGGGGCAUGCUGUGCCCAUGUGAUACCCCAGAGGGAGAAGCUUGUGGACUUGUCAAAAAUCUUGCAUUAAUGACUCAUGUCACAACUGAUGAGGAAGAGGGCCCACUAAUUUCACUGUGCCGUACUUUAGGAGUUGAAGAUUUGAGUUUGCUUUCUGGUGAAGAACUCCAUUCACCCAAGACAUUUUUAGUUAUUUUCAAUGGGCUCAUUCUUGGAGUACAUAGGCGGCCACAGCGUUUCGCGGUAUUUCUAAGAAAGUUACGCCGAGCUGGUAAAAUUGGAGAAUUUGUGAGCGUUUUUGUGAAUGAGAAGCAGCGCUGUGUAUAUGUUGCUUCAGAUGGUGGUCGUGUUUGUCGGCCAUUGGUGAUUGCAGAUAAAGGAGUCUCUAGAGUGAAAGAACAUCACAUGAAAGAAUUGAGGGAUGGCUUUCGAACAUUUGAUGACUUCUUGCGGGAAGGCUUGGUGGAGUAUCUUGAUGUUAAUGAAGAGAACAAUGCACAGGUUGCACUUUAUGAAGGAGAAUCAACACCUUUGACUACUCAUAUAGAAAUUGAGCCUUUCACAAUUUUGGGUGUUUGUGCUGGACUUAUACCUUUUCCUCACCACAAUCAAUCACCAAGGAAUACAUAUCAGUGUGCAAUGGGAAAGCAAGCAAUGGGAAACAUAGCUUACAAUCAAUUAUGCAGAAUAGACACUCUGCUCUACCUGUUGGUGUACCCUCAGCGACCUCUUCUGACAACAAAGACAAUUGAACUGAUUCAAUAUGACAAACUUGGAGCAGGGCAGAAUGCAACAGUGGCUGUGAUGAGUUACAGUGGCUAUGAUAUUGAGGAUGCCAUUGUUAUGAACAAAUCUUCUCUUGAUCGUGGAUUUGGACGUUGUAUUGUGCUGAAAAAGUCUUCAGCUGUCAUUAAGAAGUAUGUGAAUCGUACUCAAGAUAGGAUAGUUGGACCUAGGAUGAUAGCGAAUGGGAAAGGUGGUUAUGUUGUUGAUUCUCGGUGUCAGAUCUUGGAUGCUGAUGGUAUUGCUGCUCCAGGUGAAAUUAUAAGACCUGCUGAUGUGUACAUAAAUAAGGAGAGUCCUAUAAGUAUUAAGGAAGAAGUGAAAAAUCCAAUGGCAUUGCCAAACAGUGCAUACAAAUCUACUCGUCAGACUUACAAAGGACCCCCAGGGGAAUCUGGAGUUGUAGACAAAGUGUUGCUAACAUCUAAUGAAGAAAAAACACUUACCAUAAAAUUUCUGUUUCGACACACUCGUAGGCCUGAGGUGGGUGACAAAUUUAGCAGUAGACAUGGGCAGAAAGGUGUCUGUGGGACUAUUGUUCAGCAGGAAGACUUCCCAUUUAGUGAACGGGGUAUUUGUCCAGAUUUGAUUAUGAAUCCCCAUGGUUUUCCAAGUCGAAUGACAAUUGGGAAAAUGAUUGAAUUGCUUGGUGGUAAAGCUGGUGUUUUGUCUGGGAAAUAUCAUUAUGGUAGUGCUUUUGGAGAGCCUAGUGGUCAUGCUGACAGAGUUGAAGCUAUCAGUGAUACCCUUGUGAAGCAUGGAUUUAGCUAUAGUGGUAAAGAUUUUAUCUAUUCAGGUAUCACAGGCUAUCCACUGCAAGCAUAUAUAUUUAUGGGACCAAUUUAUUAUCAAAAGCUGAAGCACAUGGUUCUAGAUAAGAUGCAUGCUAGAGCGAGAGGACCAAGGGUGGCAUUGACCCGACAACCCACUGAGGGAAGAAGUCGUGAAGGAGGAUUGAGAUUAGGAGAAAUGGAGCGUGAUUGUUUAAUUGCUUAUGGUGCAAGUAUGAUGAUAUUGGAACGAUUGAUGAUAUCAAGUGACCAGUUUGAAGUACAGGUUUGUACUAAAUGUGGUUUGCUCGGGCACUAUAAUCACAAACUGAAGAUGAACUACUGCUCUAUGUGCAAAAAUGGUGAAAACAUUUCUACAAUGAAAUUGCCUUAUGCUUGCAAACUUCUUUUUCAGGAGUUGCAAUCAAUGAACAUUGUGCCUAAGUUGCAGUUAGCAGAAGCAUGAAUUAAUGGAAGAGUCACUACCAUGAAAUUUUGAUGACAGUGAAAAGUUACCAUAUAUGUCUCAAGAUUUACAUUUGUAGUAGUGUACCAUGUAAAAGAGUACUGCGAUUCAGUUUUUCAUAUUUUCCUGUCACUAAUUUAAAGAGAGCAUAUGCAUGCUUAGAGCUUCGUCUAAUUAUUUAUUCAAGGAAGAUCGUGAGCAACUGAGAGUGUUAUGUAAAUUUGUAAAUUGUCAAUUUUCAUGUGUGAAAUAAGAUAUUUUAUUUAAGGAAGAUCUUGAGCAAUUAAGAGCGUA